ACUAUACCAGCAUCAGCCACACACCACUCUAUUCGCUUCUUGGCCCUGGCCACGGUCAAACUACCAUUGCGCCACCGCCGUUAUACCGACGCACCGCACACCCGCGCGCCACACCACAACCGCUUCAAGUUAACGGCACACGAUAUACACGUACAUUGUCGCGACAUUUUGGACGAGUGUUCUAUUCUAUACCAGAGUUGGUGCCGUCGCAAUAUGAUUUGACGUCUUCAGAUAAUGGGAACAGGAGAUCGGUUAUUGGAUAUCCCGUGCAAAGUUUGUGGGGAUAGAAGUUCUGGAAAACAUUACGGCAUUUACAGCUGUGACGGUUGUUCCGGGUUUUUCAAAAGGAGCAUCCACCGGAACCGGGUGUACACGUGCAAAGCACAAGGCGAACUCAAAGGCAGGUGCCCCAUUGACAAAACCCACAGAAACCAGUGUAGGGCUUGCCGGCUCAACAAGUGUUUUCAGUCGGCGAUGAACAAGGAUGCGGUGCAACACGAGCGAGGACCACGCAAACCAAAGUUGCACCAUCACCACCACCAUCACCAUCACCACCCGAUGAAGGACUCGCCGCAGCCCGCCGUCAACCACCAGCGGCCACCCGGCCAAAUCCCGCUGACCGCCGACCACAGCAACAUGAUCCAAAAAACGUCUUCGGCUUACCCGAAAACGCCGAUGGACACGACCCUGCCACCCAUGCCACCUGCGCCGCCGUCGCAGCAACACCACCAUCAUCUACAGCAACAGCAACAGCAGCAGCAGCAACAACAGCCGCCGCCGCUUCCGCAGCAACAGCAGCAGCCGCCACCGCCGCCCACGCUUUUGCCGCCCACGCCGCCGCAGGGACACGUUUUCUUGGGGCAACAACAGCCGCCGCCGCCGCCCGGGCUCUUGCAGAUACUCAUGUCGGCCGAAAAAUGUCAGGAAUUGAUAUGGAGCGCGAAAAUGUCUGAAGCCUCGUCACCUAUUGGCAUACCGCAACCGACCAGUCCUCAGAGUUCACUAUCGUUGUCGUUGUCACCAACUUGGGAAGUCCUACAGGAGACCACAGCUCGAUUACUCUUCAUGGCUGUUAGAUGGGUCCGAUGCUUGGCUCCGUUUCAGACCCUUUCCAAACAUGACCAGUUGCUACUGUUACAAGAAUCGUGGAAAGAACUGUUCCUGUUACACUUGGCCCAGUGGUCCAUUCCUUGGGACUUAUCGCCACUAUUAAACUCAGAGAAGGCUCGCGAAAGGCUGCCAGCGGACGAUACAAAGGUCAACAACGAAAUGAAAAUUAUACAAGAGAUAUUGGCACGUUUUCGGCAACUGUCACCCGAUGGCAGUGAGUGCGGUUGCAUGAAAGCAGUUAUUUUAUUCACCCCAGAAACACCGGGCUUGAUCGACGCGCAACCGGUGGAAAUGCUCCAAGACCAGGCGCAGUGCAUAUUGGGCGAUUACGUGCGGGGCCGGUACGCGAGACAGCCCACAAGGUUCGGACGGCUGUUGCUAAUGUUGCCCAAUCUGCGGGCAGUCCGGCAGGCGACCAUCGAGAGGCUGUUUUUCAAGGAAACCAUUGGCGACAUACCCAUACAGAGACUGCUAGGCGACAUGUAUCACAUGGAAAAGUCGUACGCGUAGUUAACCAAACAUAAUAUAAAUCUUUAUAUGUGUAUAAUAUACUAAUAUAUAUAAUACAGUGAAACUUCCAUACAACCAACUUCCAUUUAACAAAAUUAUCUGUUUGACAAAACAUUUUUGAGAACCAAACCAAAUUGAACCUAAUUUAUAUUUAAUUAUACUAUUACCGAAAUUCUCUAUACCUAGCUUUAUAAUACGAAUUUUUCUGUUGCCCAUGAGACUUGGUACCUAUGGAAGUUUUACUAUAUUACACUAUUACAUAGUGCAUUAGUGCGUUAUUGUACUAGUCUAAGACUAAAUAUAUAAUAUAAUAUAAUAGCAUAUAGUGUUAUUAAUAAGCACUAUAUAGUCCUGAAAAUAUAUUAACAAGGUCCCCGUAUCUAUAUAUAAUACACUAUAUUUUAGGCGUACUUUGUGCGAUUGUAUUAAUUAUAUACUUACGCUUUUAAAUGUAUUUGAUAUACAAUCUUCUAUAUAGCGUUACGGCUGUAUACAGUAUACUGUGUAUAUAGGAAUAUUGAAGGAUAGUGUCCAAGUAUUCAACUCACAAAGUGGGGGUUGUUAUGAAGAGUUUCGAAUUUUAUUACACACCAGAUUUCUAAAAUACUUCAAUUUAAUGAUUAAGUCCUUGCAAUUAAUUAAAAUAUAUUUUAAGUGUUAAUAUUAUAGGUAUAUUAUGUUCAGUUUACAUAGGUAAAGUAUACAGUAUACUAAUAUUGAAAUUUGAUACUGGUACGUACCAAAAUACCAGUAUUACAUUUUCGAAACAUUCUAGAAUACCGUAAAAUACGUCGUAAUAACGAUACACUUCACCGUAAUAUACUGAUCAUACCAAUAAUACCAUCAUAUUAGCUCAAAUACUGAAGUAUAAUAAAAUACGAUUACCUACCAAUAGUACCAACCAUAUCACUUCAAAAUAAUUAAAUGUGAAAAUAACCCUUUUAAAAACGCCGCGGGUGCGUCAUAAUGUUCUCUUAACAUACGCUCUGCGAUAUUAUUCGGCAUUCUGGUAUACCCAUAGGUUAUAUUAUACACAGCUAUACCGUUUAAGCUUUAAGUGGUAUUUGAGCAAUCGCCAAAAAAAACCGUUAACCUUAUAUCAUGUAUACACCAAAAGUAUACACACACAUUUCAAAACCGACUUGUCUAUAUUAUAUUAUACCUAUAUUAACCUGCACAUUUAUAAUCGAAUUACAACUCUUCUUUCACGACUAUACCUCUGCAGCUAAAUAUAACAUACAAUGCAACUGUUUAUAUUAUGUAACUAAAAUGUACAUAUUAAACAUAACUAGAACACGGGGUAAGGACGUAUAAGGUAUACUUACUCUCGAUUUUGUCAAAGAUAAAAAAAAAUUAGAAUUAAUAUUUAAUGUUAUGAUUUAUAAAGUAAAACGACACAUUUUAAAGAGCUCUCACAGUUACACACAAAUAAUACUUUAGGUGGACACUAGACAUUUUCCGCUGUUUUCUUUUAGUUUCAUUGCGCCAAUAAAGUUAUCUAAAUAUUGUAAGCACCUAUAGAGAAUUGGGUGUAAUUAUCUAUUCGUAAUUAUUCGUAUAGUAUUACAGUAUUUGUCUGCAACACAUUUCGUCAUCAGAAAUUCCUGUUACUUAAAUUAUAACUAUGUUUUAUGUUAUAUAUUAUAUAUAUAUAUAUAUAACUUUUUUUUUUUUUGAAAUCAGCCAAAAGUUUUGAAAUAAAAUGUGUACCUACGGGUUACGACCUACCAUUUAAUAUUUAUAUAAUAUAGUCAAUAGUCAUAAAAGCGAUAUAGUCACGACUCACGAGAGUCUCUACCUAGUCAUGAUUUAUUUUGUUACCAAAUCGUUUAAUAUAUUAUAUUAUAUUUAUUAUUAUUAUUAUUUAUUAUAUUAUAUAGUUAUUAGUUAUUAGUUUAUUACUUAGACAUUUGGUAUGUAUUUAUAUUUGUUUAAAAUACUUUAUAUUUUCGUGUAUAUAUUGAUAGGUAUUAGUUAUUACUGCAUGUGCCGAAUGUCUUAAAAUAUAAAUAAGAAUAUUAAUCAAACUAUUAAAAUAUUGAAUUUUAUAAAAUCAUUCUUAUAGUUUUAUUAGCUUAUUUACAAAUAUAACUGUUUGCCUAAAUGUUUGCAUACUUGUAACUUGUAAGUUGAUAAUUUCUAUACAUUUUAAACGAUCAAUACUUGUAACUUAAUAUAUUAAAAGAGUCUUUUAUCAUAUAUUCUGCUAUGUCCAAUGCAUAUUGCGAACACCUACCUAUAAUUUUGUAUUAUAGAAAAUGUAUCAUUAUAAUAUUAUUAUAACCAUUUCAAAUUAUAUUUGAACACGUCGUUGUUAAAAACUUAAUCUUUAGUUGAAACUUAAAAGUAAUCUAUGCCCUCAUUUCUAUCUCAUAUUUAUAUUCAUAUUGUCAUCAUUUCUCAAUUUGUAAUUUAUAAUACAGUUAAUAAUUAUAUAAAUUACUAUAAUAUAGUCAUUAUUGUAACUAUUUAUACAAAUAUAAACAUGUAUGAAUAUAAUAUAUUAUAUAUAUUUA